AUGGCGCCAAUGACCGGCGCAGCCGGGUCGCUCGUCAAGUACGACAACCCCGUGCAAGUGGGAUCAUCUAAGGAUGCAAGAGGCAAGGGAAAGGACAAGCUGACCAAGAAGGGCCCCCUGCCGCCCGUGGAGCAGAAGAGCGCCAGCACCCAGGCAGAGGACAUCCUCAACUCCAUCCUGCCACCCAGGGAGCUGACGGAGGACGGGCAGUUGUGGGUGCAGUACGUGUCAUCGACGCCGGCAACGCGCCUUGAUGUCAUCGUACUGCAGGAGCGCCUGGACCAGCAGCUGCAGCAGCGGCAGGCGAGGGAGACCGGCAUCUGCCCUGUGCGGGAGGAGCUGUAUGCGCAGUGCUUUGACGAGCUCAUACGUCAGGUGACGAUCAACUGCGCCGAGAGGGGGCUGCUGCUGCUGCGGGUGCGAGACGAGCUGCGGAUGACCACGACAGCCUACCAGACGCUGUACGAGAGCUCGGUUGCGUUCGGCAUGCGCAAGGCGCUGCUCGCGGAGCAGGGCAAGGGCGACAUGGCCGCGCGCAUCGAGGCGCUCGAGGGGGCCGAGCGCGACCUCGCGCGGCAGGUGGCGGAGUGGAAGCUGAAGUGCGAGGCGGUGGAGAAGCGCGAGGGGGAGCGGCGCGAGGCCGAGGCGAAGAAGCACAAGGAGGAGGUGGCUUACCUCGAGUCCUACGCGCGGCAGCUGAAGGGGCAGCUGGAGGCGCUCACGAGCACCGCAGGCAAGAAGGCGGCGGGCGGCGCGGGCUGA